UGGUCCAAGCGAAGUGUCGUCGACGCGGAACCCCGUGUGUGUGUGUGUGUGUGUGUGUGUGUGUGUGUGUGUGUGUGUGUGUUUACGUCUCCACCGCUGUCUCUCUGUCUUUGUCCGCAGACACGGAUGAAGAUGUGCGCCGUGCAGCUGCUGCGGGUGUCGGUCCAUGAGCGGAUCAGCGCCGCCGCUGAAGACUUCCUGCUGCGGCUGGAGAAAGCGAGAGAAGCGGCUGAGAUCCCGGAGCUGAGAGCGCUGCUCACCGAGCGGUUAACGGCGGCUGCGGAGGAGAUCGUCGGUCUGUUGGAGGAAACCGUGGCGGAGUACGAAGACAGAGUGGAGCGGUCAGAGCGGGAGAUCUGCCGCCAGAGGAGGCUGCUGGAUGCUGUGCUGAAGCCUGAAGUCCGGCUGCACCGAGCGGAGGUCCAGCAGCAGCUGUUGGUGGUUAAAGAAGAGGUUCCCCCUGAGCAAGAGGAGGAACUGUGGAGCAGUCAGGAGGGAGAGCAGCUUCAAGGGCUGGAGGAGGCUGAUAUCACCAAGUUCACAUUCACUCCUGUCCCUGUGAAGAGUGAAGAUGAUGAAGAGAAACCUCAGUCUGAGGGACACCACUGUGGAGGACCAGGACCAGGACCAGUGCCUAGAGACUCUUCUGAAGCUGAUGUAGAGGACUGUGGAGGACCAGGACCAGACAGGCACUCGCAUCCGGAUUCAGAUUUACUACCAGACACUGAAGACUACUCCCUGAACUCUUCUGAGACUGACGACAGUGAUUGGUCACAAUCAAAUGAAGCCCAGUCGGGCGUGGAGGGUCAGAAACACAGUGACUCCCCUGAGGGCGAUUCGUCAACAAAGGAGAGACCGUUUCCUUGCUCCUACUGCGGAAAAAGAUUCAGUCUGAAGGGAAACCUAAACCGACACAUCAGAGACCACACAGGUGAACGACCGUUUCCCUGCACCGGCUGUGACAAGUCGUUUAAAGACAGCGGGUCGUUGACGGCACACAUGAGGUGUCACACCGGAGAGCAGCCAUACAGCUGUCUGUUCUGCGGGAAGAACUUCAGCGGCCGAGGGAACAUGACCCGGCACAUGAGGAUCCACACCGGCGAGAAACCCUUCACCUGCUCAGUGUGCAGCAAAAGCUUCCACGUCAAAGAGCACCUCAACCGACACAUGAAGUACCACACCGGCGAGAAACCCUUCAGCUGUUCCGUCUGCGGGAAAGGUUGCGCCCAGAAAACGGACCUGAAGAAGCACAUGAGGGUCCACACGGGGGAGAAACCCUUCAGCUGUCCGUUCUGUGGGAAGUGCUGUGCUGAGAAAGGAGACCUGACCAAACACAUGAGGGUCCACACAGGGGAGAAACCGUUCAGCUGCAACAUCUGCGGGAAAAGCUGUGCCCAGAAGGGGAGCCUGAAGAUCCACAUGAGGACGCACACUGGAGAGAAACCCUUCAGCUGCUCCGUCUGUGGCAAGUGUUUUACCGUGACGGGACAUUUAAAAAGACACAUGAAGCUGCACGCCACCGACAGUCAGCAGGCAGACGGACGGGAGGCCGACAGUCAGCAGGCCGACGGACGGGAGGCCAAGGCCACAAACUCGUGUUCAGAUAAAGUCCAACAGGAAGCCGAACCGGGGAAAACAUCGUGAUGGUCCAUCAGUCAGGAGACACAGAUACAUUCGACUGUUACAGAUAGAGUUUCCACGGGCAGGUAGGUCCUGGAAAAGUUAUUUCCAGGCCUGGAAAUGGUACGGAAGUAACUGGAAGCUGAACCUGUAAACACAUUGUGAUGGUCCGUCAGUCAGGAGAUACGUUAACCAAGCUCCUCAUGACUCGACUGUCACGGUGUUCCAGCGAGGAAGGUCCUGGAAAAGUUCUUUCCAGGCCUUGAAAUGGUUUGGAACCAAACCCAAAAACACGUCUGACAUUACACAACAUACGUUCCUCAUAUCAGUAAUUUAAAAUCUAGCGUGACCCUAUGUGACCCUAUGUUAAAACAUCACUGGUAUCACGUGAUGACCAGAUUCAAAAUGUUGCAGAGGCCACGUCCCUUUUUGGGAGAAGGAAGCGUGUUGUAACAUCAGCAGAGAAACAGGAAGUUGCCAAAUGCCGAUGUUCUCCCCAUCUAGGCAUGGGUUUUGUGAGUCAACUGUACAGUUGCUGAAGCUAAUUAACUUAGUAUUAGAUGUCAGUCAUACGAGUUGUUUAUCAUUCAGCAUUGUUUAUGGAUCUAGCACCGUUAGCUGUGAGCUCAGACACCUCCACCUCUGGUUUCGCCCUGUUUAACACUGUUAGCACUGUUAGCUGCUGGCUCAGACACUUCCACCUCUGGUUUCGCCCUGUUUAACACCAUUAGCACUGUUAGCUCAGACACCGCCAUGUUGAGAACCGUGUGCAUACAAUCUGACUUUACGGCAGAUCAUGUUGUUCACAUGAAUCAAGUCACAGAUCUGCAGCUUUGAUCCGACCAAUGGGAGGAGAGAACAGUGUCACCUGACUGAUCACAUGAUCCGAGAGUCAGUCUGACGGACACACAGGUUGUUAACAGACAAUAAAGUUUUAUGAAUCACUUCAUAUUAUUAAAUACCAAUAAUGUUUAUUUAUUGGCUGCAGUUGAGUCAUGUGAUGUUUCUGAUGUCAGAGGAAACAGGAAGUGAAGAAGGAGAAACCGAAAGUGAAGGAGAAGAAACAGGAAGAUGUGUUUACUGUUGAUCUCGUUCAUGUGAUGAUGAAAUAAAAGUGAUCAACAGAUGAAACUUUAUUUAAAA